CCUCGGAGAAACAACGAACGAUGUCGGCAAAGAGAAAGAACUUUUCACCGAGGAAUUCCUAACCGUCCACGGUUUCGCGCUGAAGAAAGAUGGACAAAAGAAACUAGUGCCUAUGAAAAAUCUCAGACCCGCGAAACGAAAACGCAAGGGCAAACAGACGACGAGCGUCGUGGCUGCCAGCGAACCGGAAACCGAUUUCGACGGAUCUAUCGCUCAAAUCAUUAUUUCCGACAACCUGGACGAAAUCACCAUGGCUAAGGGAAACUGUAUAACGCGACCCGACAUUCUGGUGAUCCAUGAGAAUGAAAAAGUUCAUCUUGUAUGCGAGGAGAUCCUCCCCGACCUCAAGGGACAAGCAGGCGUGGAGUCGAAAGAAGUCAAUGAAGUCAAAUCCGGACGGAGCCUCAAGUGCAGUUUCUGCGAGGAAGAAUUCGUCGAGGGCUCUCUCCUGACCCAACACGUCAAGGAGAAUCACGAUGACCUCUUAUACGAUAGCUCCCCGGCAAAGAUUCAACACAAAGGCAACAAGUCGACGAACGUGUCGAAAAUAGAGUGUAAUGAGUGCGGGAAGCAGUUUUCUGAGCAGGACAAACUCCAAGCGCACAUGUUCGUACACACCGGAACCAAGCAGUUCGAAUGCGAAGUAUGCAAAAGACGCUGUCUCACAAAAGCUCAUCUGGACCAACACAUGAGUUCGCACGAGCGCGACGGAGAACGUUAUUAUUGUGAUCAGUGUGAUAAAAUGUUCGCCAAGAAAACGAAUUACAAGCACCAUCUGAAAUUGCACUCGGGUGUUAAGCCGUACGCAUGCGAUGUAUGCCACAAAAAAUUCGCUACGAAACAGUACCUCCAAAUACAUCAUCGAUCUCACUCAACCGACAAGCCAUUCGUAUGUGAUAUUUGCGGACGCGGUUUCCAGUUCAAUCACGUCCUUGUAGACCAUGUCAGAACUCACACCGGAGAGACUCCGUACGUUUGCGAAGUGUGCGGAAUGAGCUUCAAAGUGAAACGCACGCUCAAACGACACAUGAAAACCCAUCUCGAUGAGCGGCCGCAUACAUGCGAUGUGUGCAACCGUGGUUUCAAAGUCAGAGCAACGCUUAGAGAGCACAUGAAGACCCACAGCAACGAAAAGCCCUACCAGUGUCAUCUGUGCGGUUUAGCUUAUAAAAGGAAUGUGGAGUUGAGGAAGCACGCUUGUUUGAGUAAGCUCAAUCAAGAUCGGACAAUCGAAGAAACUCAGGAAGCCGUCCCGAUAAUUCCGUUGACGGGAACGGCGGAGAACGCGACCAUAAUUCUUCAGCCAAUGACUAGUCAAACGACAGGCCAUUUCGGAAUGUUCAUUAAUUUGUAAAUACGGAAAACUGCGGAUCACGAUACAACGUUCCAUGUCUUAGGGUUUACAUCAUUUUCGGACGGACGGACACGAAAAAAAAGUUGCCUUCUCGAGUAGACAAGCGUAGGAUGUAAAUAAAUUGUU